AUGGCAUGGCGCUUCCCCGUCAGUGCCUGGUUGGUUCUGAUAGGCCAGUUGCUCGCAUCGCAUGGCGUAGUCCUUCAAGAGGCAGCCUUGCGUGGCAACCCGGUCAAGAAGGUCAUUGAGAUGCUGGAAACUAUGCAGCGGAAGGUGAAGAGCGAGGCAGCUGAGAAAGAGAAGGCAUUCAACAAGUACAUCUGCUACUGCAAGUCGACAACUACAACUCUGAACUCCCAACUGGCACAGGCCGAGCAAGCAUUGCCGCAGCUUCAAUCCCGCGUGCAAGAGGUUGCAGCGCUGCAGGGCUCCCUAGAGUCAGAGCUGGCACAGCACAAGAAGGAUGGCGUGGAGGCGCAGAAGGCCAUUGCCAGCGCCUCCGAGCUGCGGCAGAAGGAGGCGCAAGCUUUUCUGAAGGACUCAGAAAGCCAGAAGGAGUCAGUAGACUCAGUCGCAGCAGCGAUAAGGGCUCUGGAGCAGGGGCAGGCAGAGUCCUUCCUGCAGACCGGCAGCGCUGCUGUGCUUAGGAGGUUAUCCUUGUCGGCAGACAUGACAACCCGGGAUCGAGACCUUUUGUCUUCCUUCCUGGCGACGGAUUCCAGCCAACCUAGUGGAAGCCAAAUUCUCGGCAUGCUCAAGCAGAUGAAAGAGGAAAUGAGCAGCAGCUUGAAGGAGAUGAUGGGUGCAGAGCAGCAGCGCAUAGUGGAGCAUCAGAGCCUGAUGGAGGCCAAGCAGAAGCAGCAGCAGGUAGCCAUGAAGGCAAUGGAAGAGAAGAUGCUGCGGCUCGGGGAGCUGAAGGUGGAGACACAGGUGCUGAAGGGCGACCUCAAGGACCAGACAGAAGGGCAGAAGGAGAACCAGCAGUUUGCCAGCGACCUAGACAAGACUUGCAGCGACAAGCAGCAGGCCUGGAGCAGAUACCAGGCCUCUGAGGCUGAAGAGCUUCGGGCCCUCAGCGAGACGGUGCAGCUCCUGAGCAAGGAUGAGGUCCGUGAGAAGGUCCAAGCUGCGAUCUACCUGCAGAGACCCAGGAGGACUCAAAGCGUGCCGGCGCAGGGUUGGAUCAGCUUCCUGCAGACGCAAUCUGAUGAGGCGGAGGCAGGGAUUUGA